AUGGCUGAACCACCUGCCGAAGACGGUCUGGAGACUCCAAACAUUCUCAAAAGACUCAAGGCAGAGAGAAAACAGCAUAGUUACAGAGAUCAGCUCUCAAAAUGGGAAAUACCUAUCAAUGAAUCCGAAGCGAAUAUAGCAAACCAUUUGAUAUCCAAAAUCUUUGAGGACAUGGCAAAGAACGUGUCCGUGCAAUAUCUAGGGAAGGCUCAAGGUUCUUCUCUUGAGGAAAACUACAUGAAUUCACAGAGGUGUGUUCAGGUCCAAGCGUUGGUCGACAUGUUGCUACCAAUUGCCAGUGGCUCCAUUGAAAAUGACCCAUCCAUAUCUACACCCUUGAAGGACAGAUACGAGUCACGCCCAAUACCCUGA